AUGGGUAAAGGAGGUCAUAAUGAUAUUGGUAUUUCACCAAGUUCUACACGAUGGUAUUAUUUCAUGGUAGUAAUUUCACAAGGUAUCGGCAUCAUAGCACUUAUUGCACUUGGCGUUUUUUUUGGAAAAUAUCGUGGCGGAUUUGGAUGGGGUUCGGAUCUUACAAAAGUAUUUAACAAUCAUCCAUUAUUUAUGGCACUUGGUAUGAUAUUUUUCUAUGGUGAUGCUAUAUUGGUUUAUCGUGUAUUUCGUAAUACAACAAAAAUUUUUGUUAAAAUUAUUCAUGGAUCUUUAUUAGCACUUUCACUUAUUUUAUCAUCCAUUGGUCUUAAAGGCGUUUUCGAUAGUCAUAAUCGAACUGUUCCACCACGAAACAAUCUAGAUACACUUCAUUCAUGGAUUGGUCUUAUAGUCGUGAUUUUAUUUGGUUUACAAUGGGUAUGUGGAUUUAUAACUUAUCUUUUUCCAAGAUUAAAUGAAAGUAUUCGUCAAGCAUAUAUGCCAAGUCAUAAAUUUUGGGGUAAAAUAAUAUUUAUCUUUGCUAUUAUUGCUUGCAUGAUGGGUAUUGUAGAAUAUAGUAUAUUUUACAAUCUAUAUAAUGACAAUACAUUAAAAUCUCAACGAAAUAUGUUAAGUGUAUCUGGUAUUAUGUUUUUAUCAUUUGCUAUUAUUGUUAUUUAUCUGGUUGAUGAUAAUGAUUUUCAACGACCUCAAGAAAAUGAAGAUGAACGUAGACCCUUAACUGAAUAA